GGCGGUGGCGGCGACAGGGGCAGCCGAGCGCAGAGCGCAGGCCCCGGCGCGGCGGCCUGGAGGCCCCGAGACGUGGAGGUCCGGCCGCCGUCCCGCGCCGCCGGAGCCGAGGGCGCAGAGGCGGACGCCGCGCAGCGCCGCCCGGCCGCCGGGAGCGUGGGGGAGGUUCCGCGCGCCGCCCGCCCUCCGGCCGCCGCCGCCGCCCCGCUGGCCCUGCAGCCGCCGCCGCCUCGGGCUCCCACCGCGGGCUCGGCCGCCCCGGCCGGGGAAGGAGGGCGGCGGGCGCCGCCGGAGCCGCCGGAGAUGGCGGGAGGGCACUGCGGCAGCUUCGCCGCGGCGGCGGCCGGCAGCGGCGAGAUCGUGCAGCUGAACGUGGGGGGGACCAGAUUUAGUACCUCAAGACAAACGCUUAUGUGGAUUCCAGAUUCUUUUUUUUCCAGUUUGCUGAGUGGAAGAAUUUCAACACUUCGAGAUGAAACUGGUGCUAUAUUUAUUGAUAGAGAUCCAGCAGCAUUUGCACCCAUUUUAAAUUUUCUUCGGACGAAAGAGCUAGACUUAAGGGGAGUGAGCAUCAGUGUUCUGAGGCACGAGGCGGAAUUUUACGGCAUCACUCCGUUAGUCAGGAGGCUUCUGCUGUGCGAGGAGCUGGAGCGCUCGUCCUGUGGCAGCGUCCUCUUCCACGGCUACCUGCCUCCGCCAGGUAUUCCUAGUCGUAAAAUAAACAACACAGCCAGGUCCUCUGCUGAUUCAAGGAAUGGACUAAAUUUUACAGAAAGUGAAGCUCGAGGAGGUGGUACUCAGCCUGUCGUGUCUGGAAGUGCAGAAGAGGCCGUUAGGCUGGGAUUUCCGGUGGAUCCACGAAAGGUGCUCAUCGUAGCUGGACAUCACAAUUGGAUCGUAGCUGCCUAUGCCCAUUUUGCCGUGUGCUACAGAAUCAAAGAAUCUUCAGGAUGGCAACAGGUGUUUACAAGCCCUUAUUUGGAUUGGACCAUUGAGCGAGUGGCUUUAAAUGCAAAAGUGGUCGGGGGUCCACACGGAGACAAAGACAAAAUGGUUGCGGUCGCCUCGGAGAGCAGCAUCAUCUUGUGGAGUGUCCAGGACGGAGGCAGUGGGAGCGAAAUUGGAGUGUUCAGCCUGGGUGUUCCUGUAGACGCUCUCUUCUUCAUUGGGAACCAGUUGGUGGCCACGAGUCACACGGGGAAAGUGGGGGUGUGGAAUGCUGUCACUCAGCACUGGCAGGUUCAAGAUGUCGUCCCUAUAACCAGUUACGACACGGCUGGCUCGUUCCUCCUCCUGGGAUGUAACAAUGGCUCCAUAUACUACAUCGAUAUGCAGAAGUUCCCUUUGCGAAUGAAGGAUAACGACCUUCUUGUGACUGAACUUUAUCAUGAUCCUUCCAACGAUGCCAUCACUGCUCUGAGUGUUUACCUCACCCCCAAAACAAGUGUCAGUGGUAACUGGAUUGAGAUCGCCUAUGGUACGAGCUCUGGAGCAGUCCGGGUCAUCGUGCAGCACCCGGAGACGGUGGGGUCAGGCCCGCAGCUGUUCCAGACUUUCACCGUUCACCGCAGUCCCGUCACAAAAAUCAUGCUGUCGGAGAAGCACCUCGUAUCAGUCUGCGCAGAUAAUAACCACGUCCGGACGUGGACAGUCACGCGAUUCAGAGGGAUGAUCUCUACUCAGCCGGGCUCCACGCCUUUGGCGUCGUUCAAGAUCCUGUCUCUGGAGGAGACCGAGAGCCACGGCAGCUACUCCUCGGGCAACGACAUCGGGCCUUUCGGAGAGCGAGAUGACCAGCAGGUGUUUAUCCAGAAGGUGGUUCCCAUCACCAACAAGCUCUUCGUCAGACUCUCAUCUACCGGGAAGAGAAUCUGUGAGAUCCAAGCUGUUGACUGUACCACAAUAUCCUCAUUUACAGUGAGAGAAUGUGAGGGGUCCAGCAGGAUGGGUUCAAGGCCAAGGCGCUACUUGUUCACAGGCCACACGAACGGCAGCAUUCAGAUGUGGGAUCUGACCACCGCGAUGGACAUGGUUAACAAAAGCGAGGACAAGGAUGUCGGUGGCCCGACGGAGGAAGAGCUGCUCAAGUUACUGGAUCAGUGCGAUCUGAGCACAUCUCGCUGUGCCACCCCCAACAUCAGUCCAGCAACUUCUGUCGUUCAGCAUAGCCGUCUCCGCGAAUCAAAUUCUAGGUUGUUGAAGGUGAAUGACACUGAUGCCAACAUGAUUUUUAGAUCAACAUAAGGUACCAUAACAGAUUAAUUUUUAGGUUUUCCAUUUAGUGGAAAUGACAAUAGAUCAUCCAUAAAUAUAAUUCUUAGUAGAGCUUAUAAAAGCAUAGCUGUGUACCCUUAGCAAAUGGUUCCUAUUAGGCAUAACAGAACAAAGCAGUUCUUAAAAUUUAAGUUGGGUAUGUGGCCUCUUUACGUGAUGGGACAUGAGUGAAGAGAUUUCAAACUGCCUGUUUUCUCUGUAAAGGAGAAGUGGCUGAGUCCUAGAAUCCCUGUGCACAGCCUAUGUUCUUCUAGGUUCUUUAGAAUGUAACUGGUUCUUAAUGCUGGGGAUGCCAGGAAGCUUUUAAAAGUACGGAUGCCACAGCCCCACCCAAUACCAGCUCAGUCAGGAUCUAGAGGUGAGUCUAAGUAUUGAAUGGGGGCUUGGCACAGAAUACCACUUAACAUACCAAGAUACAAUCUUGGGCUUCUCUGAAAUAAAUAGAGGUUAAGUCUGGAGUUUCUGGGCGUGGGGGGCCCAGUGUUGUGGGUGAAGCCGUGCAGGCUUCUGUCCUCUCAGCCAUGAUAUCAACAUGUAAAUCAUUUAGCUAAAUGAAUUCAUGUGGUACCUAACUAAAUGUCUAAUUCGAUGAUUAAGUGGAGAAAGAUUUAAGAUAAAACAUCCUGAAGUUUUAAAAUGCGAUAACCGUGUAGUUCAUUUUUCAGCAAUGAGGAUGCGCUUUCUCCUGCAUCCACCCACGACUAGCAAAUCGUAUUUGCAGAGGAGUAAACCAAGGACGAUGAUGCUGACACGGGACUAGGAAGGAGCACUUUUCUGUAUGUACCUUAAGCAGCUCUCGUGCAUCAGAAAGUCAUGCAGCCUUGGUCCAGGCUCACAUGUGCCAGCUUUAAACAGCUAAUUGACCAAAUCGACAAAUGGAAAUUAAAGCCUACAAACUAAAUAAGCCAAUCCCAGUUUUCCAUUUCAGAAGGUAUAAAAACUUUUGGCGAGGGGAAGACAAAAAUAAUUUGAACAUCCACUGCCAAAUGUGCACCAUUCUUUCAGGCUCGUCUGUUUAGAGCAGUUCUAACCAGGGGGCAGAACCUGUGUUUAAUACUGGUCUGGGCUGUUGACACUUCCAGUUGCCAAGACUCGUCCAGGAGGUGGUCAUUCUGAGGGGCUGCUCUUCUGCCGAUUCGGAUAAAGUCUCAGUGCCCCCAAGGUCCAUCCUCUCUGAGCACUGGACAGUUCGGGCAAUUCAUAGUUUUCAGGCAGAAUAAGGAAGGUGGUUCGUUACUUUACCAGUUUUUUUUUUUUGCCAGCUCAGCUUUGGGGAAAUCCAUCUACCUCUGCAUGGAAUUCAGAAAAUACGUCAGACAAUUGUGUUUGAAACCUGCAGAUUCAAAACAUCUUCCUGGCGUCAUUAAGACUUUAAAGAAUGAGGAAGAGCUUUUCUUACAUUGUUUUCCAUCAAGAGCAAACUUAAAUGCCUUUCAUUUUAUGUUGACUUGGGGGAAAAAAAUGUUUCUUGAUGUUAGGACUUUCACCAGUGACAUUAUAAUCCAAACAGAGCAGAUGACAAAACCUUCUGAGCCGCAGAAACUGGUACCACUGAAAAUCACUGACGCUUAGUGAUUCUGCUCACUGAAAUGAAGGGAUAUAGUACAGAUAGAUGAGUACCUACUUCUUAUAAUCCUGUAUUUAUAACAUGAAGGUUAACUUAAAAAAUUGCAACGAUGGAACACAAAAUUUUCCGUUUUUUUAAUACCGUAGGCUAAUUAAAGAUCGCAAGGAGAACAGUAGUUUCCAUGUGAAAUGCAUUAAAUUGAAGAUACCAGUAUUUCUGGGCAUUCAGUGAAUUGAGAGAAUUUUAUGAAAAGUACUAGAGUUUCAAAACUAUGUAAAAUAUCUAUGGAAACACUACAUUUUCUCUUUGAAAUACAUAAAUUAGUUGUUUAUCCCUUAGAUUUUUCAGAAGAUUCAUAAAUUUAAAAACGGGAGUUCCCAGUGGGGCUCAAUGGAUGAAGAACGGACUCGUCUCUGUGAGGAUGUGGGUUCCAUCCCUGGCCUCCCUCAGU